AUGGAGAAUGAGGCUUUUGCCCUGCAAGAAGAAAUAGAGAGAAGACGAAAUGCAGAAAAGGAGAUUAAAGCAAGAGGAAUUCUUAAUACCCCCAAGAAAGUGGUGGGCAAUAAUAGGGAGCUCAAGGAAACAAAGAUAGCAGUUUUUAGUGCCACUAUUUUUCAUUCAUUUUGGGGGAGCAGCUGUGGAGAUUGGCUAUAUAUCCAAGCGAAGGGUUCUUAUGGAGGUAUAGCCCUAAUGUGGAAUUAUGACCAGUUUGAGAUUCUGAGUCACAAAAUUGGAGAGUAUUCUAUAUCAGUUGUUUUUCGCUCCAAGUGUGAUUCUUUCAUGUGGGCUAUUUCUGGGGAGCUCUCAAAUUUUAGAUUGCUGUGGAAUGGGCCUUGGGUGAUAGGAGGGGACUUUAAUGAUGUCUUGUAUUCGUAUGAAAGAUUAGGAGCUAGAUUGGAAUCGAUGAAUAUGACGGACUUUCAGAGUUUUGUUUUCAGAAAUAGUCUUAGAGACCUUCCAUUGAAGCAUGUCAUCCAAUCCCUCAUUCCUCGACCCACCUCUGAUCAUCACCCAGUCCUUUUGGAGAGUGGAUAUGUGGAAUGGGGCCCUACUCCCUUUCGGUUCCAGAAUCAUUGGUUGAAUAAUGAGAACCUGGAAGAGCUUAUUAAGAGGUGGUGGAACUCCAUUCAACCAAAUGGUUAUGCUAGCUUUCGGAUAUCUGAGAAGAUGAAGUUCUUGAAGGCUAGACUUAAAGUCUGGAGCAAGGUGGUUUAUGGGGAGAUUAGUCUCAGAAUCAAGAGUUUAACAGAAGAGAUAAAAUUGCUUGAUGACAAGGAAAAUUUAAGGGGUACGCUCUCUGAUGAAGAUGGAGAGUUAAGAGAGGCUAAUAAAAGAGAGAUCUCCAAUCUUAUUAGUGCGGAAGAGUCGGCAUGGAGGCAAAAAUCUAGAAUCUGUUGGCUUAAAGAGGGUGAUAGAAACACUAAAUUUUUUCACAAAAUGGCUUCCAUUCAUAGGAGUUAG